AUGGAUGUAUGGAAGCAGCGAGACGCGCUACUGGACCGGAUCAUCCCCUUUCGUGGACAAAGGCCGAUCUGUCUCGAGUUUCGUUCAUCCAAGGUGUUCAUCUUGUUCGCGGUGUGCUGGUCGGUUUUCACUGAUAUCUUUCUUUACGGUGUCAUCGUGCCUGUCGUCCCAUUCGCACUCCAAGACAGAGUGCAUGUGUCUCACCAGGACACUCAGCACUGGGUUUCGGUGCUUCUGGCCGUAUAUGCCGCUGCACUACUAUUCUUCGCCCCUAUCUUUGGAUGGGUAGCCGACCGUACACACUCUCGGAGGACUCCCUUGCUUCUCGGACUGAUCGUCCUGGCCGGCUCGACUCUCAUGUUAUGUCUGGGCAGGACGAUUCCGAUUCUUGUGGUUGGCCGGCUGUUGCAGGGAGCGUCAGCCUCGGUCGUGUGGACGGUUGCCCUGGCACUCUUGGCCGACACUGUCAAGGAGGAGGAAGCCGGUCAGGCCAUCGGCUAUGUUAGCAUGGCUACCUCUUUGGGCGUCCUGGUGGCUCCUUUGAUCGGAGGUGUUGUGUACCAGCGGGCGGGAUACUAUGCCGUGUUUGGGGUCACUUUUGCCAUUAUCGGCUUCGACAUUCUACUGAGAUUGGCUUUGAUCGAGAAGAAGAUUGCCGCAAAAUGGUUGGAGCCCGAAUCGCCUGCUCGCCGGUCAUCCCAGGCCACCCAAGGAACAGGGACUGAUGUCCCACUGGAGAAUCGGGCACAAGCCACAGAUUCGACCGCUGUGGGAGAGAAAGAGGAGACCUCGCGUGCGGCUGCUGCGGAAGAAAACUCUGGUCCCCGCAGAAAGAAACGAAAGUUGCCGCCUCUACUGAUUCUUCUGAAAUCCCGCCGCAUUCUCGCCGCCUUCUGGGGCAAUCUCGUGGGGUCAAUGACUUUCACCGCCAUCGACACCACCCUCCCGCUGUAUGUCAACCAGAUAUUCGGAUGGGACGCUCUGGGUGCAGGAUUGGUCUUCAUCGCACUGCUUGCUCCGAGCUUCGCCGGUCCUAUCAUAGGAGUUUGGACCGACAAAUACGGACCACGCUGGAUCGCCGCAUCGGGUCUGUUGCUCUGUGUGCCUUUUUGGGUCUUGCUUCGGUUGGUCGAUCAUGAUACGACAGGCCAGGCCGUGUUGCUUUGCGCGCUCCUGGUCCUACUUGGGAGUGCAACUGCUCUUCUGCUGACUUCUUUGAUGGCCGAAUUCAGCAAGGUGUGUGACGCCAAAGUGCGCCAGGACCCUGACCUGUUCGCUGGCAAGUCGGCAUAUGGUCAAAGCUAUGGCAUCUUCAACGUCGCGUGGGCGGGUGGUAGUUUGAUCGGCCCGCUGGUUUCGGGUGCCGUCCGGUCGGCAGCGGGGUGGAAGACCAUGACCUGGACGAUGGCAAUCUGGUGUGCUGUAGGCAUUCCACCGAUCAUCCUGUAUUCAGGCGGGAUGAUCACGAAGAGGAAGAGACAGCCUAACCACGUCGACAAUGGCAAUCAAGGUGGAGUGCUGGAGGUGGUGAGUGCUUAG